CUUCAAGCCUCAGAAGACACACUGAGAACCACACCGUCCUCUAAAAACUGCAAAAAUGGCCUAAACUGAGACGACUAUAUAAACAAGACAUCAUCAGCGAGUGAGGAAAGAGCUGCUCACUAUGAAGUCAGAGGGAUCAGUGACGUCCCCCCAGGACAGGCCGCAGCCUCGAUGCAGUCUGGGCUCCAGCUCUGGGCUACAUUAUGGGUCCUUUGCAAACAGCCUGGCAUCACUUACACCAAGGGCAGUGGAAAAACCAGCCAUAUCACCUAGAAGAGCCUACAUGGCUGUAGCUGUGCUUUGCUACAUCAACUUGCUCAACUACAUGGAACGGUACACAAUAGCAGGUGUCCUCUCCAAAAUUCAGACUUCCUUUGAUAUAAGUGACAGUACAGCUGGACUCCUACAAACAGUUUUCAUCUGCAGUUUCUUACUUUUGGCUCCUCUCUUUGGUUACCUUGGGGACCGCUAUAACCGGAAAUACAUCAUGAUUGGUGGUUUGAGUGUGUGGCUAGUGACUGCAGCUGGCAGCUCUUUUGUGACUGAGAGGUUCUUCUGGCUUCUGGUGUUGCUGCGAGCCCUGGUCGGGAUAGGAGAGGCCAGCUACUCCACCCUUGCUCCCACCAUCAUCGGUGACCUCUUUACUGGUGGUCAACGGAGCGUGAUGAUCUGUGUCUUCUACAUCUUUAUCCCCGUCGGAAGUGGUCUUGGAUACAUAGUGGGGGCAGGAAUUGCUACUCUCACGGGGGACUGGCACUGGGCUCUCAGGAUCACUCCUAUCAUGGGUGUAGUGGGACUUGUCUUGCUGGUUUUCUUAUGCCCUCACCCGGCCAGAGGAGCUGCGGAAACCCAUGGACUGGGAGUUACGGAGCAGAGCUCCUACCUGGAGGACGUCAAGUAUCUUCUGAAAAACAAAAGUUAUGUGUGGUCAUCAUUUGGAGUGACGGCUAUGGCCUUCCUCACCGGCGCUCUGGCUUUCUGGAUGCCUACUUUUCUAUCCAGAGCUCAGGUCUCUCAGGGAAUCCAAAUGCCGCGCACUGGAGAGCCCCGUGACACCCCCGCCAGUUUUAUCUUCGGGGCUGUGACGCUGGUGACGGGCAUUCUGGGUGGAAGUCUUGGCACUGGUUUAUCCAGAUGGUUUAGGGACAAGGUGCCAAAUGCGGACCCACUCAUCUGUGCAGCAGGCAUGCUGGGUUCGGCCCCAUACCUCUUUAUCACCAUAUUUGUGGCAUCAGCAAGCAUUCCAGCUACUUAUGUAUUCAUUUUCCUUGGUGAAUUAUUGAUAUCACUGAACUGGGCGGUUCUUGCUGAUAUACUGCUGUAUGUUGUUAUACCAACCCGAAGGGCAACAGCUGAGGCUCUCCAGAUUACAGUCUGUCAUCUCCUGGGUGAUGCUGGGAGUCCUUACCUAAUAGGAGCGAUCUCUGACGCUAUAAAACAAUCUAAACCUGCAACCAAUGACUGGACAUUCCAAAGCCUGAAGUACAGCCUCCUGAUCUGCCCGUUUGUGGGAAUCCUGGGUGGGCUGUUUUUCUUCAUGACUUCCCGCUACAUUACUGAAGACAGGAAGGCAGCUCAGCAAUUGGUUGAAGAAGAUCCCCCACCACAGCAGGUUCCUGCACCUGAGCCCUCCAUAGAACUGAGCAACAGGAGUAAGGAGUAAAGCUGAUAAAAAGCCACAAUGCAAUUAAUUUAUCUGUAAAUAUCUGAAGUUAAGUUAAAAAGUACUGGUGCGGAAAAGAGAAUGUUGGAGCUGACCUAAAAGGAUAAUUUUUUUGUAACUUUACAGGCAGACACUGAUGACAGAUGCAGAAAAAAAAGUGUAAAUUCACAUUGUCAGACCAUCAAAUGCCUUUUUAAUAAUGUUUCACUCAGGCUUAUAAUUGUAUUUUGUACAGCUGAAGUCGAGUCAGUUUUAUUUAUACAGCACAAAAUUCCAAAUAUGCUUCAAAGUGCUUCACAGUCCGUGCAGAAUGAAAUACCCCUCCAGACCUUCGAUUUGGAUUUAAUCUCUUUAACAGGGGAAAAGAGAAAAAAAA